CUGUUUCAGAUCUGUUAUAUCGACAGUUCACUAGGCGACAGUCCAUCGUCAUUAUCGUCCGCCUCACUAGACGACACGAUAGCACCACAUUCGGAACGAGAUCAAGUUCGAAGUUCAGGUCGAAAUCAACUUGGACGAACGUAUAGCCCCGGUCUACCGUUGUCGAUGUGCGAAAGGGAAGAGAUCGUGAAGUUAUUUCAGGCUGGAUGGAAAAUCUGCGACAUAUCAAAGCGUCUUUGUGUCACUCACAGUUGUGUAAGCAAGAUAUUGAACAGAUACCGUCAGACGGGUUCAGUUAGACCGAAAGAUGCCAAAGAAGGUCGAACGGAAUCACCAUUGGUGACUGCGGUCAGAGAUUACCGGUAA